UGUGGUCAGAAGGUCGUUGGUUCAUGCUGGCAGUGUGAUGUCACUGCUGGACCCAUGAACAAGGCCCCUACUCCCAGGUGUUCCAGAGUGCACUGAUCCAGGGACUGGCUGACUGUGCUUUCUCCCUUUGUUUUGGAAAAACACACCUAUUACAUAAUUGUAAUGGAAAAGAUUAAUUUAUGCUUUCAUUUGAAAGUCUAAAAUAUAGACAGGGAGGAUCAGGGGGCUCAGUGGGUGGUUAGGGUUAGGCGGUGGUGCUGUUGGCUCACACCUCCAGUUUGGGGUCAUUUCCUACCCCUGGCUCUGUGAGUUUAAAGUCUGCCAUGUUCUUCCUGUGUUCAUGUGACGUCCCCUUGAACACUGCUAAGAUGAGCGGUUCAGGCGAAUCUGCGUGUCUGAAAUGGAACGAUGGACUUUGCUGUCUUGGAGAAGCUGCGGACUCAUCCAGACCCUGCUCCGGAAGAUGGAGGGAUGAAGCACUAACCGAGCCGUCUAAAUUCAGGAAUUGUUUUAAAAAAAGUUAUCGCCAAAGCCUAACACUUAUGUAUGCUGCUUAAUGAGUGUUGAGCCCUUGCGAUGCUGUGGGAGCGCGUGGUGAAAUAUGUCCCAGUUGAUGGAUUUUGACAUGGACUAUGAGCGGCCAAACGUUGAGACCAUCAAGUGCGUGGUGGUUGGGGACAAUGCGGUGGGGAAGACGCGCCUGAUCUGCGCCCGCGCCUGCAACGCCACCCUCACGCAGUACCAGCUGCUCGCCACUCACGUGCCCACUGUCUGGGCCAUCGACCAAUACCGUGUCUGCCAGGAGGUUUUGGAGCGCUCUAGAGAUGUGGUGGAUGACGUCAGCGUCUCCCUGCGCCUCUGGGACACCUUCGGGGAUCACCACAAGGACCGGCGCUUCGCCUACGGAAGGUCGGACGUGGUGGUGCUCUGCUUCUCCAUCGCCAACCCCAACUCCCUGCACCAUGUGAGGACCAUGUGGUACCCGGAGAUCAAGCACUUCUGCCCACGUGCCCCCGUCAUUCUGGUCGGGUGCCAGCUGGACCUGCGCUAUGCUGACCUGGAAGCCGUAAACAGAGCUCGGCGCCCCCUAGCCAGACCCAUUAAGUCCCAUGAGAUCCUGGCACCGGAGAAAGGCCGUGAGGUGGCCAAGGAGCUGGGCGUGCCAUACUACGAGACCAGCGUCGUGGCACAGUUCGGGGUGAAGGACGUCUUCGACAACGCGAUCCGUGCUGCUCUCAUCUCACGGCGCCAUCUGCAGUUUUGGAAGUCGCACCUCCGUAACGUCCAGCGGCCCCUGCUGCAGGCACCCUUCCUGCCUCCCAAGCCCCCGCCCCCUAUAAUCACUGUUCCCCCCGCACCGUCUAUCGCUGAGGAGCACCCUGGCCGGCUGCUGGAGGACCCACUGUGCGCCGAUGUCAUCCUGGUCCUGCAGGAGCAGCAUCGCAUCUUCGCCCACAAGAUCUACCUGGCCACCGCCUCAUCCAAAUUCUACGACCUGUUCCUCAUGGACCUGAGUGCAGAGACACAGGAGGAGGAAUAUGAGGAGAAGAAGGAGGUACUGCCUCGGGGCCCAUCCCUCAACUGCCGGGAACCCCCGGUGCGGGCUGCCAGCUUCGACGUGCGGGACAGCGGUGAGGAGGGCACCCGGGCCGGGCCCCGGGGUUGCACCAGUGACGGUGCCCUGAAAGGAGGCGCCUCGGAAGUGUGCCUCAGGGGUCGCCUGCUGUCCACCUGGAGCCGGGCAUUUGUGAGCAUCCAGGAGGAGCUGGUGGAUGACCCAGCCACCUACACGCCGCGGCUGAUGACGGUGGUGCACUUGGAUUCGUCAGUGCUGCUGAGCCCCUUCCGGGCAGUUUUGCGAUACCUCUACACGGGCGAGCUGGACGUGCACGAGAAGGAGCUCAUGCACAUUGCGCACAUCGCCGAGCUGCUCGAGGUGUUCGACCUGCGCAUGAUGGUCGCCAACAUCCUCAACAACGAGGCCUUCAUGAACCAGGAGAUCACCAAAGCCUUCCAUGUGCGCCGCACCAACAGGGUGAAGGAAUGCCUGGCCAAGGGCACCUUCUCAGAUGUGAUGUUCAGAGUGGACGAUGGCACCAUCCUUGCCCACAAGCCACUGCUCAUCUCCAGCUGUGACUGGAUGGCAGCCAUGUUUGGCGGGCCCUUUGUGGAGAGCUGCACCAAGGAGGUGCUUCUCCCCAACACCACACGCAGCUGCAUGCGGGCAGUGAUGGAGUAUCUGUACACUGGGCGCUUCUGCUCACGGCCAGACCUUGACGCCAUGGAGCUCAUCAUUCUAGCCAACCGUCUCUGCCUCUCUCACCUGGUGGCUCUUACAGAGCUGUACACGGUGACCAUUCUGAUGGAGGCUGCCAUGAUGGGGGCCGACAUCGACGGCGACGUGCUGCUUUACCUCGAGAUGGCUCAGUUCCACCGCGCCCAUCAGCUCACUGAUUGGUGCCUCCACCACAUCUGCACCAACUACAACAGCGUGUGCCGCAAGUUUCCCAGGGACAUGAAAGCCAAAUCCACAGAAAACCAAGAGUACUUCGAAAAGCACCGCUGGCCACCCGUCUGGUACCUAAAGGAGGACGACCAUUACCAGCGAGCGCGGAAGGAGAGGGAGAAGGAAGACUUCUUGUAUCAGAAGCGGCAGUGCAAGCGAAAAUGGCUGUUCUGGAACCUUCCGUCUUCGCCCUCCUCCAGUUCCCCAUCUGGUUCUUCCGCAGUUGUCUGAUCGGUCGCUGUUGGAGAGGUACCACCCUUCGCUCAUCCAACUGGGCCGGACUGUGCUCUGCGAGCUGUACCGAGGACGGACAGAUGGACUGAUUCCUUUUGGGCUACAUUAUCCGCAGCCAGCAUCCAGUGUCUGCAACAGGGCUGUGCUUAUACACAGCAAGGAAGGACCUCACUGGCUCCGAGGGGAAAUAGGGAUCCAGGAAGGACCAUCGCCAACCUGGGUUCUCAAUAAUCUUAAUCACCUCACUUUAAAAGUGGAUAUUACUGGAGCACAUAAGGCUCCAACCUCAGUCUAGGAGCAAGCAGCUUUUUAAAAUACUAUGUUCCUUAGAUAAGAUGCAGUAGAUCCAGGCACGUAUGAUAUGUCGCUGUUGCAGUUCCUGCAUGUGUCACCAGAUGGAGCUGUUAAAGGCUGCUAAAUCAAUGCUGAGGGAGUCCUGCAUGGUGGUGCAUUAGAAACUAAUAACUAUUUGCUUGACAGCUGCAGUACUGCAUACAGCCAAGGAAAACAACCAGCAACCCCGAUUUAAAAAGAGAAAAGUCUGUUCCCACUGCUUUUAUUUCACGUAAAUGGCAGGUCAGUGUGAGUUGCAAUGGCAGUAUACAAAUGCGGAGUGAAGUUAUUGGUCCAGAAGGGGUCUGGCCCUUUUCUGAUUGGCUGAAAGCACAGCUCCUGCAGGACCCCACGGAAGCUUUCAGGUCACGUGAUUAUAGUUGCGCUGUCAUAGUCUGCAAGUUCCGAGUGUGUCCAGACGGUGGCCUGCGGACGAUGUAGGACUGAAGCGGGACUCGUCGCUCUGUGCUGCGCCCUUGGUGUGUGUGUGUGUGUGUGUGUGUGUGUGUGUGUGUAUGUGUGUGUGUGUGUGUGUGCGUGCGCGCUGACUCCCUGACAAGGACUUCUGUAGUAACGAACGGUGAAGCUUUGUAACUUCACAGGAAGAAAACAGACCUGUGUUUCUGCAUAGAAGCAGUUGAGUAUUUUCUUAGAUAUUCUUCGCAGAGCAGUUUUUUUUCCUUCUUGCACUCGUACCUGAUUGUGGAUGUUCUCUGUGGGAGAAACUCAUCAUCCGUUUCCUGCUUUUGGUUCCCGCAUAGGGCUGACGGCUUGGGCUCUCUUUUGUUUAUUUUUUUACUCCCCGGAAAUGGGGUGGUAGGGAUGGAGGGGGGGGGGGUGGCCUCUGCACCGUUGCCCCCACAGAGCCGCCUGUGGUGGAAAUGCUUCUGAGAGAACGUAGAAGCAGGCUGGACGUGAGGAUGGCCAUCAGGCACCGCAAGACUGCAAGCCGGCCUCCUUUCGGUCAGGGGGACUCCAGUGAACUCUGCUGAGAGGUGCCAAGCUUCCACCGGGCAGCAGAGAGGGCCGGCCAGGGUACUGGAGGCCUUGGGAAUACCCCUGGCACUGCUCUCCCUCAGGCCGUGGCGGGGGAGAGCCCUGAGGAGAGCCCUGAGGAGAGCCCUGAGGAGAGCCCUGAGGAGAGCCCUGAGGAGAGCCCUGAGGAGAGCCCUGAGGAGAGUCCUGAGGAGAGCCCUGAGGAGAGUCCUGAGGAGAGCCCUGAGGAGAGUCCUGAGGAGAGUCCUGAGGAGAGCCCUGAGGAGAGCCCUGAGGAGAGCCCUGAGGAGAGCCCUGAGGAGAGCCCUGAGGAGAGCCCUGAGGAGAGUCCUGAGGAGAGCCCUGAGGAGAGCCCUGAGGAGAGCCCUGAGGAGAGUCCUGAGGAGAGCCCUGAGGAGAGCCCUGAGGAGAGCCCUGAGGAGAGCCCGGCACUGCUCAGUAUUAUCGUCACGGUUUCUCAUUCAGGUUUCCUUAUUUUUUUUUUAUCUUUUCUAAAAUAUACUGUUUUGGCCUUGUUUCACAGCUUGGUGAUUUGUUGAUUUAAAAAACAUUACUUGCGUGUGUCACCAUCAUUUCUUUUCUUAUGGCUUAUUUUUCAGUGAAUAUGUCAUUGAACAUGAAGAGCUGUGUUGCUGUGGCAAGUCCUUUAUGUAAGAGGCCUGCUGGAGUAUAUCUGUGGAAAUAAUGACAAGCUGCAGGCACCAGGUUUCCGGUGUGAUCGUUUAAAAUUGUAGCUUUUUGUGCUUGUAAUGGAGAAAAAGAAAUGUACAUGUAUAAAUGGCUUAUUUUUAUAUCCAGUAA